AUGAGUGGCCCAUCAUCAUUUGAGCCAUCGAAAGCCCAGCUACGACAUGACCCUAUAUACUACGUGAAGCCGGCAACCGAGGACAGAGAUAAACUAAAAAGAUGCAUGGAUAUACUCGAACAUCAAGAGAUACGUCAAUGUUUUCGUGAGUUGGAGGACGAACCGGGAGCUGAUGAACCCACUAUUGAGAAUGCCAUCGCCCGCAAAAAGGCUCUGCUGAUCGACGGUAUCACGGUCGAUGCGAGCCUGCAUGAUCUGGUCUGUGUGUUCGUCGACAUACCCAAGAGACGCCCUCUCAAAGCCCGCCGAUGUCUCCUUGAUUCUAAAGAGGAACUGCAGAUAAAACUUGAUGCUGCAGAGCACCAUGGGCAGCCCGUUGAUGCGCUCAUUCCAACUGAGCCAGUUGAGGAUGGGUCUGUGAGGAUUAGUUACAAUUUUUACACCAAGGCGGACAACGGUAGAAUGGUGUAUGAGGAACUACUGUAUCUUGUCGAUGUAUACCUCGAGAAUAGGUUGAUUGAUUCAGAUCUGCCAGUGAUCCUCGGUAAAGGACUCCGGGUGGCCCAGACUGAGCCUGCAUUGUGGCGAUUAGACCGUGGUUAUGUCUACGACAGGAACCCGCUAGGUGUGUCAAAAGAAACCUUUUCUCCGGCUUGGAGCAGAGCAAUAGAACGAGAAAGAACACGAGGAUAG